CAUGCUAACGGGCUAUCGACACCUGUACUUGGUUCGUGGAGGUGCUCUACGAUGAAUCCGCACUCCACAGACGUUAACCGCGCCCACUGAUCGGCUUAAAAGCUCCGGAAGGUCCGACACCUCGCCAAAUGAGCCGUAACAGCGGUGUGCUAGUGUCACAUUAGCUGAUUACGCCCUGAGCAGGUCGCCUACAACCAAAGGAGCCAUGGAUUUUAAACAUAUACUUCAGCAAGUGGAGCCUCACUACGGAACAGCCGCACUGGUUACGGGGGCUGCAUGCGGUGUGGGAGCGCUGGUGAUACUGGUGCAGAAGUUAAGCAAACACCAAAAGACGAAGGAGAAGGUCCAGAGAGUUAGAGCACGGAAAGCCGAGAGCCUGCAGCGGGCUGAGCAGGCUGUGCUGCAGUACAAGGAGUCGCAUCCCAUGACAAAUUCUGCAAACAUCUUGUCUCUCUCCCUGUCUGAGUUGACCAAGCAGCUGCAGAAAGGCUCCCUAAGUCCUGAGGAUGUCUUCUACGCUUACCUGGAAAAGGCUCUGGAUGUAGACAAAAAACUGAACUGCUGCAAUGAAAUCUUGUUGGAUAGUUUUGAGCAGCUGAAAACUAUUUCCUCCAACAAGAAGGGGCUUUUGUAUGGAGUUCCAGUCAGCAUCAAAGAAAACAUUGCAUACAAGAAUUAUGACUCCACCUGUGGUGUGAUCUGUAAUUUGGAGCAGCCUGCCGAGAAGGACAGUGUGUUGGUGGAAGUUUUGAAGAAACAAGGAGCUAUUCCGUUUGUGAAAACCAACGUGCCCCAAGGCCUAAUGAACUAUGACUGCAGCAACCCAAUCUACGGCCAGACUUUGAACCCCCACAACCUCAAGAAGACCUCCGGAGGUUCCUCUGGUGGGGAGGGGGCUUUAAUAGGGGCUGGAGGCUCUGUGUUGGGCAUAGGCACUGAUAUAGGAGGUAGUAUCCGUAUUCCUUCUUCAUUCUGCGGGAUCUGUGGUUUUAAACCAACAGUAGGUCGGCUAAGUACACAGGGUGUAGUUGGCCUGUAUGGAGGGCAAAAAUCAGUGAUGGCAACUGCUGGGCCCAUGGGCAGAGAUGUGGACAGUCUUGCUCUGUGUAUGCAAGCCCUGCUGAACGAUGACAUGUUCCACUUGGACCCCACCGUUCCACCGGCAUCUUUUAACAUGCAGACAUACCAAAGCUCCAAACCACUCAGGAUUGGUUAUGUGGAGAGCGAUGGCUUUUUUCAGCCAUCUCCAAGCAUGGCCCGAGCCAUCAGAGAAGUCAAAGCUCUGUUGGAGAAAGCAGGGCACACUCUGGUGCCCUUCAGUCUCCAGAAGGUCGGACAGAGUUUCUAUGAACUGGCGAUGAGGGGUGUUGCUGCAGACGGUGCUUUUUCCUUUGCUCAAAAAAUGAAGGACAGCCCCCUGGAUCCUAGUAUCAGACCACAGUUUAUCACCAUACAUGUCCCUGUAUGGGUGCGGAAAACCCUCUCAUUCCUCCUCAGGCCAUUGUCUCCUCGUACCUCUGCCAUGCUCAGUGCUUUCUGUGGUGUUGGAUCUAUUGCAGAUCUGUGGAAGCAGCAUGUAGCUGUUGAGGAAUACAUCAACAAAACGAUAGAAGAUUGGAGAAAAAGCGACAUUGAUGUCCUACUUUACCCUGUGAUUGGACCAGCCUUCAACUUCCACUACUGCUGCAAGAAUACCCAGCUUUGCACUUACACGAUGCUCUUCAAUGUCCUCAACUUUCCUGCGGGGGUUGUUCCUGUUUCCACGGUGACUGUGGAGGAUGAAGAGGAACUAAAGCACUAUAAGGGCAUUUAUCGAGAUGUCUGGGACAGAAGUUUCAAACAGGCCGUGAAUGGAGCCGAGGGUCUGCCCGCAGCGGUGCAGUGUGUCGCCCUGCCGUGGCAGGAUGAGCUUUGUCUGCGCUUCAUGAAGGAGGUGGAAAAGCUGGUCAAACAGAGCAAAAAGUAAGGCCUGGAGGCCACAGGUGGGAAUGAGCACUCCAGCAGCAUCAGGUUCAAGCUUGUGAUUUAAAAUAGUGUGAAUGUAAAAACAAUCAAUACUUAAGGGAGGAAUUUAAGUGAGGUUAUAUUUUAGGUAGAUAAUAAACACAACACAGAAAAAAUGUAAAUCACAUUAAAAUAGAUUAAAUGUGAGAAGAAUAAUAUUUAAUCUUUAUUUGCUCGAGAAAAGGCAGAAGAAAAUUUGAAAAGCUUAAGAUUUGACAUUUUUAUUGUAAUACAUGUAUGAUACUAAGACUUUUAAGCUUACUAGCUUUUAGGGUCAUAAUAAAAACAGCUGUUGGUCAUUUUACUGAUUGAGACAGUUUAUAUUUUCUUUUACUUUUUGUUUAUUUUUAUUUUAAAGUUGAAAUGCCUCCAAGAUUUAAACAUUUCUUUAAAUUGUUUGAUACCCAGAAAGUCUCUCUGCUAUUAAUCAUUUAUAAUGGCACACUGUAUGGUACUGAAGCAUAAAGAAAAACUUACUGCCUCUGAAAAAUGUAAUAAGUCAAAGUGGCACUAAAUGUUAAAAAUUGCAUAUAUGGAGAACCUCACUCAUGUACUUGUAUUGACUAGAACUGAAAAGCUUUCCCUUUCCUGUUUAAGAAUGAAAUAAACUAACAGACUGC